AUGGCGUGCCUGUGGGGCGGCGUUGCCCUCAGCACAAAGUGGUUCCCCUCUGAGGAGACUGGCAGCUGGCUCGACCAUCUCAUUGCUUCCAAGGGGGUCACGGCCAAGUACUACCAGACCCCCCGGGCCAUCUACGGCAUAUCACUGUACUGGGCGAUAACAACGUUCACCAGCAUCGGCUACGGGGACAUCACGCCACAGAGCGAGAUCGAGUAUUGGGUCGCUUCGCUCUGCAUGGCGGGCAUGGCGGCAUGCUGGGCCUACAUAAUCGCCCAGGUGUGUCGCAUCAUGUCGUCAUUGCAGAAGUCCACGAAGUUCAAGCAGACCAUGGACCAACUCAACUGGAUCAUGGAUGACAAGGGUGUGCCGCAUGAGCUGCGGGAACAGCUCCGCCGGUACUAUAUUGAGACCGCCGAGCUUCAUAGCUUCGAGGAGAACAAAGUCAUACUGCAGCAGUUGUCUCCCAUGCUCCAGGGGAAAAUAUCCAUGCACUUGCACCACCACUGGAUCGAGAAGGUAUGGUACUUGCAGUACAUUUCCAACAAGGACAUCAUCAUCGGAAUCUCCCGCCGCCUGAGGACAAUGGUCUUCGCCCCUUCGGAGGAGAUCUUCUUCGAGCGGACGCUCUUCAUCGUGCGCCGCGGCCUGUGCAUCCGCAGAGGGAGGAUCCUCUUCAACGGUGACAUCUGGGGGGAGGACAUGGUGGUUUCCAACGAGCACCUUCGCGACCGCUGCCUGGCCCGCUCAGUGAACCACCUGGAGACGAUCAUGCUGAACUUCGCCGACCUGAACGAGGUGGUCCAGACCGUCCCACAGGCUCGCCACAGGCUGCGCUGGACGCAGGUGGCCAUCGCCACGAAGGCGGCCUUCGUCCGCAUCGCGGAGAGCAUCAAGCAGCUGGAGAGCCAGGGCGUUGCGACGAGGGCGUCGCUGACGGGGAGGCAGCGCCUGCGACUGGUAGAGGAGGUGCUCAGCGGCACCUUCUCUGGGUCCAUCCCCGAGGAGGACGAGGCCAAGGACGCUCUCGAGCUGCACAUCGAGCAGUGCAUGGCGCAGGCCAAGAGGGAGCUCACGGAUGGCCUCGUCGGCCACCGACUGUCAAUGGAGUUGACCCCGUCGCCAGUGGCCGACGGCCGCUGCGACGGCUCGCCCGGGGCCCAGCUGACCAGGAGCGCGAGGCCCUCAGACGACGCUGUCUCGAGCGUUGCGGUGGUCGAGCUCGUGAAGGAGCUGGCCAUGAAGAUCGACUGCCUGCUUCUGAAGGACAAGGUGGACGGCAGGCAGAAGCGGCCCGGGAUGACGCGCACGCUCACGGCGGAGCUGCAGAGGCAGCGGAGGGAGUCCGAGGGCGCCGACGUCGAGUGCAGGCGGAGCGACGCCGACGGGUUCUGGUGCGGCUCCUGA